AUGAAUUUCCAAAUCUGUAAGCUGUCCUUCCAAAAUAAUGCUUCCGAUGCGAUUUCCCAGUUUCGUCGUCACAUCGAUUUCUUUAAAAACCUCGUUGGCCUGCCUGAGCUUGCCUUUGAGCACGAGGCCUGGAUAUUUGAAUUGCUCGGCGAUCUCUUUCACGAAGCCAUUCGUCUCAACCUAACUGCCUUACUAACGCAACACCCCGGUCUCUACUACCAGGAAGCAGCUAGGCAUGCUAUAGCUCGUCGCCGUGUGCCCCAUGACAUUCCUGAGCCUUCAGAGGCAUCAUCUGACUUGACUGGUGGAGUGUUUUUAGAUCAAACUAGCAAAAAUGUCGCCUUCAUGUCUGAUAAGCUACCUUCCCGGGUGGCACAAAGAACUUCCAUCAGUUCAGAUCCUUCUCAGUCCCCCGAUCAAAUAUCUGCUGUUGUGGGUGAUCAAUUGGUUAAUUCUGCCCAAACCGACACAGUUAUGUCGUCUCAAAUCACCGGCCACCCUUCCAGGCGCUCGGCUUCGAUAGGGAGCGCUGGUGGAAUCGAAUUCUAUGGCCAGCGUGCCUGGCGUCAGAGAAACCAAAGCAUUGAGCCUCCAGAUGCUGCCAAGGAGCGUGCAGGAAUAUUGAGCCUGGAAAAACGGUAA